AUGGAGGCUUCGUCGUCUCCUCUGCACUAUGCUAAGAAAGUAGAUGAUGCCAAAGGGAAUUCUGCAGAUAUGAGUGAAAAGGUGGAUGUGGAUGGGAGUGAAGAGAAAGCACACCUCCAUGACUGUGACACCACUGAUGUACAGGCACACCACACUGCUCAGGACAUCCCUGCAGAAAACCCUGUUGAAUCAAACCUGCAUAUGAACCCAGAUGACGGAGGAGUGUCCAGAUCAGUAUCCAUCAGCAGCCCAAGCUAUGUGGAGAAAGUCCAGCCACAGCCUCAGUGUGCACUGUUGCCACUUAACACGGAGUCUCACAUCAUUUAUGAAGUCAAUCAGUCGUUCACAUCAAAAGGCAAGAGUCAAAUAGGCCUGAAAUCUACGAGUGUCCACACUGAAGCAGGAGAGGACUUGUGUGCCGCAAUCCUCUUGGCAUGUCUCUUCUGCCAUCCACUGGACUGCCUGCUGGCCACUAUGAGAGGAUGUAAUGACUGUGUGUGGUCGCUGUGCUCAUACCUGUGUGGCUGCAAACCUGCCAGCCUUCAGCCUCUCCUCGACGCCACGCACUACUGUGAUCUGUGCAGCUGUGUGGGCAUCCGCUGCCUCCUGUGUGACUGUACCCUCUGUGACAUCUGCAUCCAAGCCACAGAGUGUCUGGACCUGGCUAUGGAGAUCUCUCAAAUGCUCUUCCACUAACACGGUCUGCUAAUAAAUGACCAAAUCCA